AUGAGUUUGCAAUCAUUCUAAGAUACAUUUUGUGGUGCUGUAGCUGGUUUUUCCUUUCGUUUCUUCGGACAUCCAUUCGAUACAGUGAAGGUGAGAAUGUAGAUGAACGAUAAGAAGAGGUCAUUUGUGUCGUCUGCAAUAAAGAUUUUUCAUAAGGAAGGAGUAAUACUUUGUGUGUAUUUUAGAUUUUUGCAUACUACAAAGGGAUGCUAUCUCCGUUGCUGGCAGACAUUCCAUCCAAUGCUGUAUUGUUUGGGAUAUAUGAAUACGUUUUCAGAUAAAUAUGCUCGAAUAGCCAAGAAAAGAAACCUUACUUUCUAGAAUGUUAAUUAAUAAAUUUAAAUGAUAGGGUUCAUGGCAGGAGGAGUGGCUGGCAUAGGAUAUGCAAUAGUAGUAUGUCCAGCUGAAAUGACAAAAUGCGUAUUGCAAAUGUAAAAGGAAUAUUUACACAAGCAAUUUAAGUCUCCAUUUCAAUGUUUUGCAUAUGUUGUAAAAAAUUAUGGCAUAGGCUCAGUAUUCAAGGGUCUUGUUGCUACAAUUUUGAGAGAUAUUCCACAAAAUGCAAGUACAAUUGAUUGAUAAUAAAUAGCUUUCUUUGCAACUUAUGAAUACUCAAAAUAUAUAUUUAGUAAAAAUGGUGAUUUACCAUUUUAUGGAGCUUUAAUAAGUGGAGCAUUAGGAGGAUUCACAUGUUGUUUAGCCUCAUAUCCAAUGGAUGUCGUAAAAACACAAUUGCAAGUUGAAAUAAAGGAAACUUUACAAAACAGAAAGUUUAAGCCAAGAUUUUACGAUGGUGGUGUUACAGAAUGUGUGAAAUACAUUUGGCAAACUCAAGGUUACAAAGGUAUUAUUCUAAUGUAGAAAUAGGAUUUUGGAGUGGAGUUGAAAGUUGCAUAAUUUACUACAUGGUUGGGUGUGCAGCAUAAUUCACAGGAUAUUAUUAUGCACAAUCACUAUUAACAAAUUAUUCAAAAUAACAUUGA